AUGACACGGAUCCAGACUUAUCCAGGAAAAAAGCACGCACAGUCAUGGACGCCUGAAGAGAUCAGGAAACACUAUUUUGUGGGAGAUGAAAAGAAAAAGUUUGAUGUGGAAGCCACAGCAAGAAGGUUCAAGUACUUGUUCUCCUUAACACCUUUGUUUAAGCAUUUUCUCCAAGUUAAAGCGUCGAAGGACGACCGGUUCGCACAGGUCAUGAACAUUGUUGAGAAUGGAACUAGCAACGGUGCAAACGGAGCCGCAGCAUCGGCAGCAGAUCAUAGAAGAAGAAGGACAGAAAAAGAGGAGGAUGCUGAGUUGUUGAAAGAGGAAGAAGAUGAAACAGAUCCGGCAGUACAAGAUUUGGAACAAGAGGGAGAAUUCACCGAUUCCGGGUAUGAGUUCUCGCAAUCUCCUAGGUACGUCAAUGGGUCAUUACGUCCAUACCAGAUCCAAGGUUUGAAUUGGCUUGUUUCCUUAUUCAGCAACGACUUGUCUGGAAUUCUAGCCGAUGAGAUGGGUUUGGGUAAAACCUUACAGACCAUCUCCUUUUUGGGAUAUCUUAGAUACAUUAAGGAUAUAAAAGGUCCUCAUAUUGUGAUUGUUCCUAAAUCAACGUUAGAAAAUUGGCAAAGAGAGUUUGCGAAAUGGACGCCCGAAGUUAGGACGUGUGUAUUAACAGGAGACCAAGAAGUUAGAAACCAAAUCAUCAAGGAAAAUGUUCAAACCUGUCAAUUCGAUGUGUUAAUCUCUUCUUACGAGAUUGUCAUCAGAGAGAAAUCUGUAUUGAAGAAGAUCAACUGGCAGUACAUCAUUGUUGAUGAGGCGCACAGAUUGAAGAACGAAGAUUCAUUGUUGUCACAGAUCAUCCGUAUGUUCCAUUCCAGGAAUAGGUUGUUAAUCACAGGUACCCCAUUGCAGAACAACCUUCAUGAAUUAUGGGCGUUGUUGAACUUUUUGUUGCCGGAUGUUUUUGCCGACUCUACCACAUUUGACGACUGGUUCUCAAAGGAUGAGGAGGCUGCGAGCGAGCAGGCCCAAGAGGACCAGGAUAAAAUUGUCCAGCAAUUACACCAGGUAUUAAAGCCAUUCCUUUUGAGACGUAUCAAGAAUGACGUUGAGAAAUCUCUUCUACCAAAGCAAGAGCUGAAUGUCUAUGUUGGCAUGACGCCAAUGCAAAGGAAAUGGUAUCAGAGUAUUCUUGAAAAAGACAUUGACGCUGUCAAUGGUGCCAACGGGAAGAAGGAGAGCAAGACAAGGUUGUUGAACAUUGUGAUGCAAUUGAGGAAAUGCUGUAACCAUCCAUAUCUUUUUGAAGGAGCAGAGCCGGGUCCUCCCUACACUACAGACGAGCAUCUAGUUUACAAUUCGCAGAAAAUGCUAGUUUUGGACAAGCUUUUAAGGCGUUUACGUGAGCAAGGGUCCCGGGUGUUGAUCUUUUCGCAGAUGAGUCGUAUGCUAGACAUCUUAGAAGAUUACUGUGUUUUCCGUGAGUGGGGGUAUUGUCGGAUUGACGGACAGACCGAGCACUCGGACCGUAUUGUUGCCAUCGAUGAGUACAACAAGCCGGACUCCGAGAAGUUUGUUUUUUUGUUGACCACGAGAGCCGGUGGGUUGGGUAUCAACUUGACGAGUGCGGACAUUGUUGUCCUCUUUGACUCGGACUGGAACCCUCAGGCCGAUCUACAGGCAAUGGACCGGGCACAUAGAAUCGGUCAGAAGAAGCAAGUGAAGGUUUUCAGGUUUGUCACUGAGAAUGCGAUCGAGGAGAAGGUCUUAGAGCGUGCGUCCCAGAAGCUCCGGUUGGACCAGUUGGUCAUUCAGCAGGGCCGGGCCGGGGUCAGCGGUGGAGCAGACAAGAAGAGCUCUACGGCGUCCAAUAAGGACGAAUUGUUGAACAUGAUUCAGCACGGUGCUGCAGAAGUUCUCAUGAACGGCAGUACCGGCGCAGACAAGCAGGAGCUGGACGACGACGAGUUGGAGAGGAUCUUGGCGAAGAGCGAGGAGAAGACGGGCGAGUUGAAGUCGAAGUUUUCGAAGCUCGGGCUUGACGACCUCCAGAACUUCAGCAGCAACAACGAGUCUGUGUACGAGUGGAACGGGAAGAACUUCCAGAAGAAGGAGUUCAAGGGCGCCGGGGGCGACGGCGGCGCAGGCAACGGGUUCGGGUUCAACUGGAUCUCGUUGGCGAAAAGAGAGCGCAAGGGGAACUACUCGGUGGACGGGUACUACCGGGAGGUGUUGCAGACGGGGAACCGCGGGAACCCGAAGGACGCCAACGGAGAGCACUCUGCCAACGGCGGCGGCAACGGCGGCGGCACGGAGAUCCGGCCGCCGAAGCACCUUGUCCUGUACGACCACCAGUUCUACAGCGACGAGUUGCACGAGUUGCACGAGCAGGAGUGGGCGUACUACAAGCGGAUCUGCAAGAUCGGCGCCCGUGCGGACGGCCGGGGCAGCAGCAAGCUCAGCGACGAGGACGUUGCCGUGGAGCAGGCGCUGAUCGACCACGCCCGGCCCUUGCUCGAGGCGGAGGAGCAGCGCAAGAAGGACUUGCUGGCACAGGGGUACGGCCACUGGACCCGGCGGGACUUCUUUGCCUUUGUGGCCGCCAACGCCAAGCACGGCCGCUACGACCUCGAGGCCAUCAGCGCCGACUUGGACGACAAGACCUACGAGGACGUGGUGGCCUACAGCAGCAAGUUCUGGACCAGCUACCGCGACAUCGAGAACUACGAGCGGUACCUGGGCCAGAUCGAGGCGGGCGAGGAGAAGCUGCGCAAACUCGCCAUGCAGCAGGAGAUGCUGCGCCGCAAGGUGUGCAGCUACCGCUACCCGCUGCGGGACAUGGAGUUCAAGCUUCCGUACACGGCGACGGCCAAGCGGGAGUGGAGCGGCGCCGAGGACCGCUGGCUUGUGGUGCAGAUGCUGCGUGUCGGGGUUGGCGCCGACGACCUGGCCGAGCAUCUUUUCAACGAGAUCCAGUACGGGAACAGCGUUGGCGUGGAGCUGGACCUGUGGCUGCAGUCCCGCAACCCGCAGGAGAUUGCCCGCCGCUGCCAGACUCUGCUGGGGGCCAUUUGCCGCGAGCAGGAGGCCAAAGCCAAGCUGAAGGCUGCGGCGAAGGCCAAGGCGCAGGCCAGGGCCAAGUCGAGAGCCAAGCCGAGAGCCAAGACGACGCCCAAGGCCAAGGCCAGGGCAACGGCCAAGCCCCGAGGCACGGGUUCGUCAUCACGGACCGGGAAGUCCGGGUCUAGGGCGCGGCCGAGGGCGCGGCCCGGGCGCCAUUAG